UCGGGCUAGCCCUUCCGGGCCUCCAGCCCUCUGGGGGAAAUAAUCCCAGGCCUCCACGUCCACACUGCAAGGAGGGUGGAAGCGAGGGCCGCUGGGGCCCACACAGUUCAAGGGUAAGCCGGUGUCCCUUGAUAGGGAGAAGUCCUACGAACCCCAGCGAGACUACAGGCGUCUGCAGCACUUAAGCUGAAGGAACGUCAGGUGGGGACUUCCCUGUCCAAAGAGUAUCCUGAAGCCAUGGACGGCUGUGUGAUGUGGAAAGUCUGGGACAAAUUUCAGAAGAGAGAGAGGUUUCUUGGAUUAUUUGACCUCAAGGGAUCAAUGGUGUUAGCAGACCUAAAUUGAUAAUAAGUCAGUAAGAAACAAAUGUUUACAUUCACUCAGUGAAAAAUAUGUCUAAGCUCAACAUAUAUUGGAGCUACACAUGGACAUCACUGCUUUCUCCAAGAACAGAAAAUGAACAAAUGCCUGGAGCAUGCUGUCUUGGUUACUUGUAGCUUUGUGGAACCAGUGUCAUUCAAAGAUGUAUAUGUGGACUUCACCCAGGAAGAGUGGUAUCUUCUGGAUCCUGCUCAGAAGAUACUACACAGAGACAUGAUGCUGGAAAAUUAUAGCCACCUCGUCUCAGUAGGGUAUUGCAUUACUAAGCCAGAAGUGAUCAUCAAGAUAGAGCAAGGAGAAGAGCCCUGGAUACUAAAGCAAGGAUUUCCAAGCCAAUGUCACCCAGAAAAUUGGAAAGUUGAUUACCUGAUAGAGAACAGCCAGGAAAAUCAAGAUGAACAUUUUUGGCAAUUUGCUGUCACCACCAACGAAACAUUAAGUGGUGAUAGAGUAAGGAAAAAUUUCAGUCUGAGUACAGACUGUGUUCCUUCAAGAAGUAUUUCAGAUGAGAUAUGUGACUCUUGUGAAACGAAUUUGAAGAACAUCUCAGGCUUAAUUAUUAGUAGAAAGAACUAUUCUGGAACAAAGCCUGAUAAGUUUAAUUUAUAUGAGAAAGUACUUUUUGAUAUUAGGCAUGAGAAAAUUCCUACUGGAGAAAAAUCUUAUAACUAUAAUCAAAAAAGGAAUAUCCUUGGUCAUUUCCAGGAUCUUACUCAACCAAUUAUUGACCAGCCUUUUGAGUAUACUGAAAAUGGACAAAGCUUCCAAGAGGAGGGAGCAUUUUUCUCAAACAAGAAAGCUCAGAUAGGAGGGACACUCUGUAAAUAUAAUGAAUGUCAAAGAACCUUCAUCCAAAGUUUCAAGCUCAAUUUAUCUCAGAGAACUCAUUUGAAAAGAGAACCAUAUGUAUGCAGUAUCUGUGGGAAUUCCUUCUGUAUGGAUUUAAGAUUGGGACAUCAAAAAGCUCUUACAGGAGAGAAUCCUUAUGAAUAUAAUAAAUAUGAGCAAGUUUUCUGUGAUAAUUCAACUUUCAUUAUCCAUCAGAGAACUUAUGCAGGAAAGAUUUCCCAUGAAUAUAAUGUAAACCAAAAAACAGGGGUAAAAUCAGCUCUCUUUAAACAUCAGGUAGUACAUAUGGUGGGGAAACCUUAUGAGCACAAAGGAAAUGGAAAUAAUUUCAACAAGAAGUCACAUCUCACCCAACCUCGGAGAGCUCACUCAGGACAAAAAAAUUUUGAAUGUGCCGAAUGUGGGAAAACAUUCUGGGAGAAGUCAAACCUCACUCAACAUCAGAGAACACACACAGGAGAGAAACCCUAUGAAUGUGCUGAAUGCGGGAAGUGCUUUUGUCAAAAACCACACCUUACCAACCAUCAACGAACUCAUACAGGAGAAAAACCUUAUGAAUGUAAACAGUGUGGGAAAACAUUCUGCGUGAAGUCAAACCUCACUGAACAUCACAGAACACAUACAGGAGAGAAACCCUAUGAAUGUAAUGCAUGUGGAAAAUCCUUCUGCCACAGGUCAGCACUAACUGUACAUCAGAGAACACACACAGGAGAGAAACCCUUUAUAUGCAAUGAAUGUGGGAAAUCCUUCUGUGUGAAGUCAAAUCUCAUUGUACAUCAAAGAACUCACACAGGGGAGAAACCCUAUAAAUGUAAUGAGUGUGGGAAAACAUUCUGUGAGAAAUCAGCUCUUACUAAGCAUCAUAGAACUCACACAGGGGAGAAACCCUAUGAGUGUAAUGGAUGUGGGAAGACCUUUAGUCAGAGGUCAGUGCUCACUAAACAUCAGAGAAUUCAUUCAAAGGUGAAAGCUCUUUCAACAUCCUGAAUAUUCAGAAACUUUCAUCCAACCUUUCAAAUUCAUUAUUUAGCUUUUUAAAAUGAGAUUAAUGAAACCCAAAGCAAAUUACUCAAAAGUUAUUGUACUUUAGGUAACCUAUAUUAAAAUGAAACCAUAUUAAUGUUUUAAAUAUGUAGAAGAAUUUAGAAAAACUAAAUUUUUGUCAGAAAAUUUAUACUGAGGGAAAAUUUAUUUAAGUAAUAUGGUAAAGAUCUUCAUACAGAAUUUAUGUUGCCUGUCAUAUUCCAAAUGUGAUGCCAAAAUUUUAAUGUAAAUAUAAUGUGUGAUAUUCAGUUAUAUUGGUAUUCAAAGUGUAAUUUGAGGCUUAAAAAAUGUUGAAUAAGUGUAGCAUUAAACAUUUAUGUGAAGAGUCCCUAAUGUGUGCAGGCCUUAUUUAAGUAAAAGUAUUCUAAUAUAACAGAAAUUUGAUAUAUGCUUAAUUUGUACAUUAGAUCCCAACAUGCUUGUGAAGAGAAAGUAUGAACAUUAGUUAAACACCUAUUGUGGUCUAUAUUAAUAUUUCCCACACAAAAUACCACUGUAUCUUUAUAGGUUGACAUAAUUACACUAUGUACAUAUAAAUAUAUUUAAACACGCAUACACACAUAUAGUGAUGUUCUAGAAUAAGAUCAUACUGGUAUGGAAGUACUGCUGAUUGUCAAGUUUUCAGGUAUUUUGAACCAGUUGUUAAACAUAGUCAUUGAAAAAUUAAAUUAUAUAAAGUUACAAUUAAAUUAUAUUAAAAACAAAAGUAAUAAAUAUUCAACACAUUACUUCCUAAUUAUUUUAUAACAUUUUACUAUUGGUUCCUUAGGUUACCUAUAUUAUUGAAUCUACAUAGAGAAAAUAAUGUAUAAUAGUGUGCUACUGCACAAUCUCUUUCUAACUGUACAUUCAGUUCCAUCAUGUUUGGUAGCUUUACUUUAGUGGAAAUAUUUGCACCAUGGAAAUUGGCAACCUCUACAACUUAGGAUUAUUUUCUCAUGGAACCUAUUGUCAAAUAUUUACCAGCACAAUAGGCUAUAAGAAUAUAUAUAUUUGGAAAAUUUAAGGUACAAACCACACACCCUUUCUCUUCUUUCCUUACAUAAAUACAUGGCGAUGGCCAUUAUUGCUAAACUGCCUCUUCAAUAAAUAAGGUAAAAUAAGAGGUUUUUAACUACCUCUGCUUCAUUUCUAUUCUUAGUACCUGAGUCUUUUUAAAGUGUGGCCAGUAUACGUUAUUUUACAACCACAUCACCUACCUUCUGAUUUUUUUUUUUUUUUGGCGUAUAUGAAUGAGCAUAGCCAUUAUUACUGAACUACUACUUCCAUUAAAAAGCCAAACUUUUGCCCUGGCUGGUGUAGCUCAGUGGUUUGAGCUCGCGCCUGUGAAGCAAAGGGUUGCCGGUUUGAUUCCCAGUCAGGGCACAUGCCUGGGUUGCAGGCCAGGUCUCCAGUAGGAGAUACAUGAGAGACAACCACACAUUGAUGUUUCUCUCCCACUUUCUCCUUCCUUUCCCCUCUCUCUAAAAAUAAAUAAAUAAAAUAUAUUUUUUAAAAAGCCAAACUUUUUUCCGAGGUUUUUAUGCUGCUUCUUGGUCAGUGAGUGUUGUAAUUGCUGUUAAUAAUAAUGAUAUUUCCAUAUAUUUCACAUAGAUUAACAGCACUUAUAAACAGUAAUACUGUUCUGUAUAAAUAAAUAGUAGUGACACGUGAUGAAAUGCCUCUUUUAUACUCUUGCAAUUUCAUUGCUGUAUCUAUUUAGGCAUGGUAUGUGUAACCUGAGUUGCAUGUAAUCCAGGAACUAUGUAUUUGUUUUUCAUAUAAUAGAAUAUCAUAUAUUCUCUCUGUUGCCUUUGUCCUGCUGUUCCCCGUGUUUCAUUGCAACAUGUUGAUAAGCAGUUCCAGAAGACUACUUUUUAACUGCUGGGCUCUGUUAUGUCUUUGUUUCAUUCUCCCAGAUGACAAAAGGGUAAAUCCAGAUUAGUCUGAGUUAAUCAUGGAUAUUCUAACAAUUUUGUUGGGUGGCCAUGUGAGCAAUGAAAUGUUUGAAAAAUAUUCUGCAGUGCUUCUGGGAAAGAUCUCAGCAAUAAAAUAUUGCUAGGACAUGAGAAGACACGUGUCUAUUCUACUGCACUUUUUCAUGUCUAUAUGUAUAUUAUAGUUUGUGGCCCCAAAGGGCAAUAGCCUGAAGAUAACAGUACAGAAGAUGGGAAAACCCUGGCUUGGAGGUGACAUCCACUGAAAUGUGCAACUUCAUCUGAUCUUCUGUCUGUGAGGACCUUAUGAUAAUGAGAUAAUAAUGGUUUUGUAUUUAUUCUUAGGGCUAUUACUAAGAGCUGAAGGCAUUUCCCCCAACAGAGGUGAAUUCUUUUCUCAGUGUUAAUGUUCUAUAAAGUGAUUUUUGGGAAGAAUUAUUUCUUUCGACAGGUUAGUAUAAGGAUGGGUCUUGUGUCAGCCAUGGUUCUAAGGAAAAACACAAUUCUAGAAGAUUUUAAUGGCAGACUUGUAGUGGUGUGGCCCGGACCUUGUAGCCCAGGCACAAGGGCUGUUCUGUUGAUACACCUAGAGACUAGAAUCGGCAGGAAGCCAUGGUUACCAUUCUAAAUCCUAAAGGGGCAAAGGAGAGAAACAAGUGUUACCAGAGCCCAACAAAACUUGGUCUCAUGAAGGAGAGGCCACCAUAUAGUAGAUAUUGUCACUACCAGAAAUAUGACACCAAAUUGCUGGUGCCUCUUGGAGAACCAAGCAGGUGCCAUCUGCAGGUAAGCCCAUGUAGGCACAGAGAAGAUCAGGUUGGAGCCAGUGGAGAACAAGCAGCACAAUAUUUUUUAAUUUCUGUAAAUUCCUAUGUAAAGUCUCAGUAUUAGAUGUUUAUUCUACUAGUUGAAAAUUGAGUUUCUGCUUUGUAUUGCUUUGGAGUCCUAAGUAAAUUCCUUUUGGAACUAAGCAUUGUGGCAGGUGUGUAACCUUUAACAUGCCUGAAGCAGACGUCUAUAUUUGCAUUAUUCAUAUAUCUGUCUGUGGUGUUUUUUGUUACAUGUAGUGUGAAGUAAGCAGCUCUAUAUUCCAAAUAAAUAGCCAGUUGUCCCUGCACUGUUGAUUUAUUCACCCUUUCUCUUGUUGGCUUGAUAGGGCAUUUUUAUCACAUCCUUACAUUUGGUGUUGUCCAAAACAUUGACAUAUGUGGUGUAUACAUUAUGGACCAAGGCAAAUAUCAAAAGGUCCUUGGUAUUUGAUCUUGUCCAAAACAUCCAUGGCGACCUAUGGUCCACACCAAAAUGUCUUUGGUAUUUGGUCCUGUACAAAACAUCCAUGGAGGCAUUUGGUCCUGUCUAAAAUGUCUGCUGAGACAUUUGGUCCAUGAUUCAUUAAAUAACACAUUUAACUUUGUUAAAAUUUUGUUAUAAUUUAUGAUGAAUUUCGUAUUUCACAUUUAUUCUUAUUUUUCUUUGUCAUGAAGUUUGUCAUAUAUUUACUCUUAAAAGCCAAUGAGCAAUUGUUCUCAAGAAUAUAUCAACCUGAUUAUUGGCUUUAUAUUUAUUAUAUCUGUUAACAAUUUUAGUUAUACAAAUUUGAUUUUGUUGAUAUCAUUGUGAAGUUGGUGACUGUAUUUGACCAUGACCACCAAGUACCUGUGUGAUAACUUUAUUGCUUUGUUGUUUAUCUUUUGAAACGUCAGUAGAUCUCCAAAUUGAAGGAUAGUACUCCACCAUCAGUUUUGAGAUUUGUUAUGCCACCGUUCCACUGUGUUGUUUAUCCCGUGAUCAGCCUUCAGUACUGUUCUGUAUACAUUCCAAGUUUCUGGUAGAAGUCUCGAAAGAUUCUGGUCUAGUGCCUCUGCCACACCUUCUAAGGACAUACCCUCCUCCAACAUAAUCUUUAGGUCACCUAAAUUUUCUUCUGCAUUCUCCAUAAUGUACUUAAGUUUUAUUUAUAUCUUCAAAAGGUACAAAUUGUCCAAACAACAUGGAUACACUUACAGGAGUUACUUUUUAUUGUCAUUUACUUGCAUGUUAGAUCCCCCCAAAAUAUCUGUUUACUACAGUGGUUGUGGAACAACUAUCCUUUUACUUGCACAUUUUCACUUAAUGGUCAAAUCAUAUUUAUAUUUUCAAUAUCAAAAUCUAUCAUGCACAAUGAAGGGUUAAUGCGAUUUCUUUCCUGUGCAAAUAUAUCUGAAAGUGGCUCCUCAUAUUUUACUGUUUGGGCAUUAAUCAGUGGCUAGUAUAACCCAAUACUACACUAUGUAUAGUAAAUAACUGAACUGUGUUGAUGCUCUAUUGAGGGUGCCAUCACUGAAUAAUGUAGUACUGGCACUUAAAUAUUGCAUAUUGUCCAAAAUUGUAUAAAUAAAAAUUAUUACAUCAUCUCAAGAACCAGAAUUGUGCCUAAGAAGUGGUUCUUCAUGUUUGAUCACUUUAUACUCCUCUGUAAUUCUACCUUCAUGAAAUAAAGUUGAGUUUGGUGGUCAGUGUCUGUUUUUAAUCUUUAUGUGCCUCAUUAAUUAGUUUUCUUCCUGGUAGUAUUAACAGGAUCUCUUUAUGAUGAGUAUCAUGGAGAACUCUUUGAAGUACCUCUGAUGAUAUUACAUUUGGCUCUUCUUGUUUUAACUUACCCUGGGUUUUGCUUACUCUCCUGUCAGUACCAUCUUUCUCUAAUGUUUUCCAUUCCCAUCUUGAAUAUUAUUCAAAUCCCGAAUAGUUGUGCAUCAGGCAUUGCAGAUUCUCCUAUCUUCACAGUACCAGUACCCUUUAGUACUAUCUUUGUAAAAGGAAUAGAAAUAGCAGCAAAAACUUGUAAUAAAGUAUUGCCUUUAUAUGUGAGUAUACUAUUUCUGCCAUAUUAUGUGGAGAUUUUUCAAAUAAGGCUGUCAUUUUGAUAAGGAACAGA